AUCAACGCCAUCGAAACGUCGCUUGCUGAAAUGAAAGAACUAUUGAAAUCUCACCUUAGCAAGGACCAGUCAGCAAGAGUCUCCGCAAAUGAGAUGUUAGCAGGAAGCAAUAGAUUCAACGUGAGGAAGACCACCAACGAUGGUGAAGUCACCAUGCGCAUGCCCUCAGAGGCCAGUAUAUUGGCAACCACUGACGUCCAACCUGCGCCAAUCACAGUGGUCCGCCACGUUGGGAGUCUCAUCACCGAGCCUGUCGCAACGGGAGAAAAUAACUCACUGUUGGAAAAUAUGACCCAGAUGGGCUUGGACUCGGAGAGUUUCGCCACUGUGUUUCAGCAUGGCUUUGAGCAGAUCGCAUCGUGGUAUCCAUUCCCGCAUGAGACUCUGACGGAUCUCAAACAGAACCAUCCACUGCUCUUCGCAAUGUGCCUUCUCGCAGGAAUCAGGGCUACUGCUGGUCUCAACAACUCUGAACUGCACAUCACACUCCAUACACUGGUCAAGACCCACUUGGGUAUGAAGACGCUUGACACGCCGAUCGAUAUCUCCACCAUACACGGCAUGCUUAUCUCCAGUGCUUGGAGCUUUGGUCCGCUGGUGCCAGGUGGUCGGUAUAUUGAUAGCUGGUUGAUGAGCAGCACAACUAUUACCCAUUGCAUGCUUAGCUUCCCUUUAUCUGACCUUUUGUCGCACGCUGGCUUGUACGAUGAAACGAAUCGGAAUAUGUGCAGGAUGUGGAUUCAGGCGUCGUUGGUACAUCUGAAGUACGCAAUUGGCACCGGUCGGCCAUCAGUAGUUCCAUGCGAGCGUCUUCAUCCGUGGGCAGAAAUUGUCAAAUACCCCGGGUUUGAAACAUUUGACCGAAUUAUUGCAGCUGAGCUCAAGCUCUAUAUUCAUCUCUAUGAGGCCAUCUAUCAGACAGUCAGCUCAGUGGCCGAGGCAUGGGAUAUGGUCAAUGGAUGGGGACAUGAAUACCUUGCAGAAGGUAACAGUGUCCUGAGAUGGGCACACUCCUGCGUAUCACUUAUCCUAUCUCGAUGGGAGCUGGCAAAACACAAUCAGAGCCUGUCUUCAGACUCACUGAUGGGUAAUGAGCGCCUUAACGAACUGACCGACACAGUCAUCCGCCAUGCCCUACUAGUACUGCGGGAAAUUAUCGUCCUCUGCUCUGCAGAUACUGCAUUCGUUAGACCAACAUAUGACUACCUGCUGGCCGCAUAUGCGGGCGUGACACUAGCAGAGUACUGCGGCAGUAUAUCUGACGUGCACGCGACAUAUACGUUGAUGGAAAAUGUGCGGACACAGGCUAGGAUUCCCAGAAGUAUCGAAGGGAUUUUCAGCUGGGCAACGAACGUUGUGCGGAAGAAGGCUAAGGAUUUGCUGGAUACAAAAAUUUCGAUGGCUCCCGAUGAUACCUUUUAUUCGUAUGCAGGGUCUGUCGCCGACUGGGCGCCGUUUCGGUUUAUUGAUUCGAUGCCCACUGCUGGCUGGGAUGGAGUAAGUGGUUCUAUGCAACAGUAUUGA